AUGGCCGGGCCUGAGGAGACUCCGCCAGCCCUUCCUCAGGACGAAGGGGGCCAGGAAGCUGAAGGGACGUCCAUCCUGUUGCCCAGCCUGACGGGCAGCUGCUUCGACCAUCCCCUGCACCAGAGGCUCCUCCAUGCCACCCGGCGCUGCAGCAGUCCUACCUCAGCUCUAACGCCUAAGGUGUCAAAGAAGCCCAAGUUCACCUCUGGGGCCUCAGAGAGCUACGUCAAUAGCUUAGACUACUUACUGCAGGAGAAGCGGGACCAGGCCCUGGAGCAGGAACGAGAGCAGCUGCUUCUGCAUGACCGUCCCCAACUCAGCUUCCUGGAUCUGGAUGAAGAUGAAGUGCCUCUCACACCUGAGCACAGGAUGCUGGUGGAGAAGUUCUCCGUGUCACCUCAGGUCAUCCCGCUGGUGCACCCGGGGGAGACGGUGUUUCUACCCAGGCAUCAGCCCCUGCCCUGCAUCCUGGACCGUUCACAGCUCAAGCCACGGAGCCACCUGGAAGAAUGGUUCCUCAGCUGCCCGCCCGCCCAGCAGCUCUCCUUCCUGCACAUGGGCUUCCUGAGCAACCUCUACUUGCACACCCCCGACUGCCCAGUGGCCCUGCUCCGAUGGCUCUUCCAGCUGUUGACAUGGCCUCCAGAAACUUCUUUGGGAGCCUUCAGUCUCCUAUGGGAUCUCAGCGUGGAUGGGCUCUUCCAACAGUCUGAUGGAGACAAGCGAUGGUGGUGCCCCUCGCUGCAAGAGGUCAUGGAAACAUUCCACAGCUUGGGAGCCUGCAGCCCUGCGCCGGACCCCAGUCAGCCCGGUGAGAGAGUGCUUAAAAACGACAUAAACCUGAGCUGGAGUCAGCAGCAGGACAGCCCCCCAGAGACUGCCUUGGACCUUAGCCUAAGCUACAUCUGUAAGUUCCUGGCGCUGUGUGCCCUAGCCCAGCCAACGGCCUACACCGAUGGGGAGCUCUUGGGCCUGAUUGAGCUCCUGUGCCGAGCUGGCCUAGAUGUGGGGCUCCGCCUGCUACCCAAGACUGAUCUUCAGCAGCUUCUGCUUCUGCUCCUGGAGAACAUCCAUGAGUGGCCCGGGCAGCUCCAGCCGCUGUGCUGUACCCUGAGCAAGGUGUCAGAUCAUCACCACAACCUGCUGGCCCUCGUGCAGUUCUUCAUGGAUGUGACCUCUCGGAGCAGGCAGCUUCGAAGCCAGCUCAGCCUCCUGGUCAUUGCCCAGAUGCUGGACCAGCAAGAGACGCUUCCUCUCUGGCAAGAGAAGGCCCAGCUGUUUUUGCUCAGCCAGCUCCUGAGUCUCAUGAGGCCAUCAUCCCUCAGGCAGCAUCUGGGCUCUGUGACCUUGCCACCCGGCCAGGAGCAACAGCCAAAGGCCAGUGCUGAGCUAGACCACAAGGCCUGCUACUUAUGCCACAGCCUGCUGACGCUGGCCGGAGUGGUGGUCAGCUGCCAGGACAUUACUCCAGAACAGUGGGGGGAGCUGCAGCUGCUGUGCAUGCAACUGGACCGUCACAUCAGCACCCAUAUCCGGGAGAGCCCCCAGGCCAUGCACCGGACCAGACUCAAGGACUUGGCAGCCCAGACCUAUAUUCGCUGGCAGGAGCUGCUGGCCCACUGCCAGCCCCAGGCCCAGUACUUCAGCCCCUGGAAAGACUAA